CGGUCGAGUAUCAGCGGUGUUCACUCAGGCUGCAGUUACGAGGGCCUGCCGGUUUAUUUAGUCACUCAUUGACACAGUACCGUUCUUAAUCCUUUACUAAAGUGCGCUACUGCACGCUGUCAGUAUGGUUAGCCGGGAAGAUUUAGUAUAUCAAGCUAAGCUCGCCGAGCAGGCGGAGAGAUACGAUGAAAUGGUUGACUCCAUGAAGAAGGUAGCCGGAAUGGACGUUGAGCUGACAGUCGAAGAGAGAAACCUGCUAUCAGUGGCGUAUAAAAACGUCAUCGGUGCAAGAAGAGCAUCCUGGAGGAUAAUCAGUAGCAUCGAGCAGAAAGAAGAAAGCAAGGGUGGAGAAGAUAAACUGAAAAUGAUCCGGGAGUACAGGCAAACGGUUGAGACCGAGCUGAAGUCUAUUUGCAACGACAUCCUUGAUGUUUUGGACAAGCAUCUAAUUCCUGCUGCUAAUUCAGGAGAGUCCAAGGUGUUUUACUACAAAAUGAAGGGAGACUACCACAGGUAUCUUGCCGAGUUUGCCACAGGAAACGACAGGAAGGAGGCUGCAGAAAACAGUUUGGUCGCUUACAAAGCUGCUAGUGAUAUUGCAAUGACGGACCUUCAACCUACACACCCCAUUCGCUUGGGUCUUGCUCUUAACUUCUCUGUAUUCUAUUAUGAAAUCCUCAAUUCUCCUGACCGUGCAUGCAGGUUGGCAAAGGCGGCUUUCGAUGAUGCUAUUGCUGAGCUGGACACAUUGAGUGAAGAAAGCUACAAGGACUCCACACUCAUCAUGCAGUUGUUACGUGAUAAUCUGACACUAUGGACUUCAGAUAUGCAGGGAGAUGGUGAAGAACAGAAUAAAGAGGCGCUGCAAGAUGUGGAGGACGAGAACCAGUGAGACAUCACCGCCAAUACGAGACUCCAGCCCGCUCAACCCCUUUCUCAAAACCCACUCACAAAGGGGGGCACCAAGCCCGACCUCAAGAACGACAACGCUUGAUGCCCCCGUUACCCCCUUGUUUUAUUUUUAAUAAUUUUUUUGUUCUUUUUUCCAUUUUUUUAAUUUAUUUUUUUAACCCUUUAACUGAAAUAAGAAACCACUUUAAAAACAUUCGUUGUCAUUUUGAAUGGGCAGAGCUUAAGAGUUUUGGAUUAUUUUUUUUUUUUCAUGUGUGUGUCUUGGUACAUUGUUUCUUUCUUUUUUUUUUUACGUUUAUUUGCGUUAUUCCUCAACAUUUUAUCGGUUGCUGGAUAUAUUUGAGUUUUUUUUCUUAAUGUAAUUGCAAAAUUAACUUUUAUUACUAUUACUGAUACGUCUACUAUUAGGCUAUUAGUUGUCGGAGCUGUAAUAUUUGUGUUAGUGCAAUUAUCGAAUGCAGUUAAUCAUUAAAACCUUAAAAAGGGCGAGAGAGAGAAAAAGUGCUCUUCGUUCGUUUAGAUUUUCAAAAAGAGGUUUGCGAGUUUCUUGACGUCCGCGUGGAAGCAAAAAUGCUUAGCAUCGGGAAGUAGGAGUUACAUAGUGAUUGUAGUGGUGCAGACUGUAAUUUGUGCUAAAAUACUGUAUUAUGCACAUUUAGGCCGAUGCCGGUGAUGGAUAGUUACAGCUCUAAAAAUCCAAGGAGUCUUGAUGCUUUUAGAACUCAAAUGCAGAGUCUCCAUUGGCUGUUUGGUAAGAUUUAAAGAAAAAGAAAAAAGAAGCAUUAAUAACGUUCAUUUAAAGCUCUCCUUAGUAAAUUCAAUAGUCAGUGUUCCUUCUCCCCCUAAAUGUCUAUAUCGCAUACAGUCUCCUCUGUACUUUUUGUUUCCGUUUCAUUUGAAGCCAAUUUGUACUACUGGAAAAUUGACUGGAGCCACAGACAUAGAAUCUGUAUUAUUGUUCAUACAGAGAAACAGCAUGGAAUUAACAGUGAAGUUCAAAUAAAACUGCCUCAAGUAAAA